CGAAUCCUCCCCGCAGUCGGAGCUUCGGACGAGUGGGCAGCUCCAGAAUUUUUUUCGCGAUAAGAUCCCAAUCCAAUCUCUUGUGGUCUGAACGAAGCUAGGGAACCACCCUCCUCCAUCCCAUUCUUUCAUUCCCUCAGUUUUGCUGCUGUGGUGAUUGUCGAGUCUGCAUUGUGCCUUUGGAUUAUUGUUCUUCAACUCUGGAACCUGUUCCAAUUGUUUAAACGAGCCUUAAGCAAAAGACCAUCAGAACAUAUACUUAUAUACAUACAAUGUCUCCCCCAAUGGCAGCGGCGCGGGAGAAGGAGUCCAACCUGGCGAGGUUGUUGGGCUCUGGUUCCGCCGGUAUUGCCGAGCUGGCCAUCUUCCAUCCUGUCGACACCAUUGCGAAGCGGCUGAUGAGCAAUGAAACGAGGGUCACGAGCAUGUCGCAACUCAACACGGUCAUUUUCAAGGACAAAGCCGCGGCGCCGCUCGGGAAAAAGUUCAUCUCCCUAUUCCCCGGCCUCGGGUACGCCGCCGGCUACAAGGUGCUGCAGCGGAUAUACAAGUACGGCGGCCAGCCUGUGGCCCGCGACUUCCUCAACAAACACUACGGCAAGGACUUUGAGAGGGCGUUUGGCAAGAAGACCGGCAAGGCAAUCAUGCAUUCGACUGCGGGAAGUCUCAUCGGCAUCGGCGAGAUCGUCCUAUUACCGCUUGACGUGCUCAAGAUUAAGCGGCAGACGAACCCCGAGGCCUUCCGCGGCCGGGGCGUCCUGAAGAUCAUCAAGGAUGAAGGGUUCGGUUUGUACAGAGGAUGGGGCUGGACGGCAGCGAGGAAUGCCCCGGGAUCAUUCGCACUGUUCGGCGGCUCGGCAUUCGCCAAAGAAUUCCUCUUCAAGCUACAAGACUACAACAAGGCGUCCUGGUUCCAGAACUUCAUCGCCUCCAUCGCCGGCGCGUCGGCGUCGCUCAUCGUCUCGGCCCCGCUCGACGUCAUCAAGACGCGCAUCCAGAACCGCAACUUUGAGAACCCGGAAAGCGGCUUCCGCAUUCUGACCAACAUGGCCCGGAACGAGGGCCCGUCGGCCUUUUUCAAGGGCUUGGUUCCCAAGCUCCUGAUGACAGGGCCCAAGCUGGUCUUCUCCUUCUGGCUGGCGCAGACAUUAAUCCCCGCCUUUGACGUUGCGUUUGCGCGCAAGUAAAGGGGGGAUAACUUACCACAGGGGUGAGGCGGAUCACCCCUAGCCACGACCAAGGGCCCCUAUGUCCUGCAGAUGUCGGCUUUUUGUAUGUACAAUAACAAACUUCAUGGUUCGAUGGUCCGGGACUAUCUCCUUUUUUCGGCGUUGUGGGAAAACGGCUUUCCCGGAUUUCAGCGACGGCCGGCGAUGUAGAGAGGGAUAGAAUUCUCGUUUUUUGUAGCGGU